CACGCACGCUUUCUCUCUCUCACACUCACUCACACACACUUACGUACGCGCACGGAAGCGUGCGCGCGCAUGCACACGCAUACACAGAUACACAGACACACACGCGCGCGUACACACAGAGGCGCUCGCGCCGUCCUUUAACACGCAGCCUGACGCAUAAACGCUCCGCCGCCGCCGGUCCUUUUCCCGGAUCACUGCAAUGGACCUAUUCGAGCUGGACUUCUUCAGGGAGUGGGAGCUGGAGCAGCAAUGCCAUUAUGAACAAGACCGUUCGGCACUAAAAAAGAAGGAAUGGGAGCGUCGCACACAGGAAGUGCAGCAGGACGAAGAUUUGUUCUCCACCGGCUUCAAUCUGUUCGGCGAGCCAUACAAGACAAACAAAGGUGAUGCCCUUGCCAACCGAGUACAGAACACGUUGGGCAACUAUGAUGAAAUGAAAGAACUCUUGACCAGCCAUUCCAAUCAAAGUCACCUGGUGGGAAUCCCUAAGAACUCAGUUCCGCAGACCCCGGUGGAAAAAAACGACCAGCCCAGUUUUUUUACCGAAGCUCAGCGUGGCAGAGCCGCCUCAACUCAGCCAGCGAACCACACCACCUCAAUGCCUCCUCCACCCACCACCAACAUGGCAGGUCCAAGCAUUCUUCAUGGGCACCAGAGCACCAAAAAGUCCCGAUCUUCCGAAUGGUCCCGAGGGGCGCAUGGGUCGAGUAGCAGCCAGGCAGCUCAGGCUGCCAGCCGGGGAAAGCAGAUCUCCAGUGGGCAUGAACAGGAACAAGGUGACUCGAGCCCUGGCACCUCGUCCACCUCUACACACCCCAGCAGGAGGCAUGGGCAGACGGCCAAGGUUCCAACUGUUGCCAAUUCACCCUGCGAGCAGGACUCGGGGUCACCUGUGGCCUCUACUUCUCUGGUACCCAGUGGCCUGUCGACACCAACAUUCCCCCAGGGCCUGCACUGCAAACCCAGUAGUGGAGGACAGCAGAAACCCACAGCGUAUGUACGGCCCAUGGAUGGCCAGGACCAGGCACCUAAUGACUCUCCGGAGCUCAAGCCCACUCUGGAAAUCACAGAUGGAUAUGGUGGAGCACCAUUUACAAGCCUGAUGGAUGGCAAAGGCAGCACAGUAGGGAGCAAGGGCAAACUUCCCAAGCUGACUCUCCCUCAAUCAGGGGAGGUCAGUCUGCCCAACGACUCCAGCUGUGUGGAGGAGAUUUUGCGGGAAAUGACCCAUUCUUGGCCUCCACCCCUCACUGCCAUACACACACCAGGCAAAGCGGAACAGACCAAGUUUCCAAUUCCCAACAAGGACCCCCAACACGUUACACCAGCGUACAUUGGACAAAAGCGCUGCAACGUUCCUGGUAACAAGCCCUCGACCAAGCCGGUGCCACAGAAGUCAAUGCUUGAAGAUGACCUGAAGAUCAGCAGUGACGAAGAAGACAGUGAGCAGGCUGCAGAGAAACCCAAAACCAGGAGCACACCUCCAAACCUUCCGGGGCCUACACCACGGAGCAGUGAUCCAGGUGGCCACUCCAGCGGGGCUUCUGGGAGUUCCAGCGAAUCAGAAAGCAGCUCUGAGUCUGAUUCCGACAGCGAGAGCAGUUCCAGUGACAGCGAAUGCAACCGAGCGUCCCGCGCCGCUACACCAGAGCCCGAACCACCAUCAACAAACAAGUGGCAGUUGGAUAAAUGGUUAAACAAAGUCAACCCUCACAACAAGCCCCUUGCUAACACACAAUCAGAAAGCCAUAAACUUGUAGGCUCCCAGCCUGAGGAUGGCCAAGCUACAGAGAACCAAAUCUGUAGUAAGAGCAAGCCCAGCGCAGCUUUGGCACAAGCCGACCCAAAAGACCGGGCCUUGCUCAGUCCUAUCCGAGAAAAGGCCAAGCCUAAAACAGGUCAAAAGGGUCCUGAUGGGAAGGGUACCAAAAUAAAGCCACCACCUUCAGUUGAUCUGCCUCCUUCCAGGAGAAGCACAGGCAAGAAACAACCGAAGAAAGUUGAACAGUCCUCAACCAGUGAGGAGCACAACUGGCCCAGACCGGUCAACUCCAGCACUACACCAAAAGAAAAAGAACCUCCACCUUUAGAACCACCCAAACCUAGAGGCAAAGCCCCAGGGGGCAAGACUGCCCCCAGAAAAGAACCCCGGUCAACUACAGUAACCAUUCCUGCUGCCCCCACCCCCUCUGCUAUCAACACAGCUCCAGACAAAAAGAAGCACAGAGGGCCUAGUAAAAUCAUCCCAAAGUCGAAGGAGUUUAUUGAAACGGAGUCGUCCUCAUCAGAAUGCCACUCGGACCCUGAGGACCUUUCAAAAAUACAUCAUCCCUGCCCUGGCCCUAGCAGCCUGAACUUUAAAUCCAAGGACUGUAACAGCAAUAUCCUAAGUGUCAGCAGUCUUGCCAGCACCAGCAGUACCUCUAUACCAGACCCAGCUGCCAGUGACCUGUUGGAGGAGCCUCUGUUCUCCCCUAUUUCGAUGGUACAGAAUGAGCUUUUGUCACCACUGCAAGACUUUGAGGACAUUAAGUCCCUGUGGGUUAAGAUUCAGCUUAGCCUCCUGUCGCGGAUUCCAGGGCAGGAUCCACCUGAGCCACUCCCCGCCAAGACCGAGUGUCGAGAGUCCAAUUUCAAGCACAGGAGGCAGCAGUCACCAGGCUCCAUCCCCUUAGAAAAACCCACCAGCAAGUCAAAGAGGAAACACAAGUCAGAUCAUUGUGAGGUGUUGAGUGGAACCAAGAAGUUAAAACUGGAGAAAGAAGCCCUGCUCCCACCCUGUAUCUCUCCCAUCCAUAACCACAAGAUCUCCAACACAAAAGACUCUUCGAAAAAGCAGCCGAGGAAGCUCCUUCCACCGUUGCUCUCCCCACUCUCAGACGAGCCCAUGGGUCGCCAGCGAAGAAGCAGCGAGAGCAGCUCUUUUAGUAUGGAAGGAAGCACACAACCCCUUCCUGUAGCCCUCCCCCCCACGCACUCGCUUCCACCUUCUUCCUCGUCAUCGUCCUCGUCAUCGUGUCACAAGCACCGCAAAGGCGAAAGCAAGUCUCAUUCCAAGACCAGCAGCCAGGAGGAAGACAGCCACACGAAGAUCUCCGGGGGUUUCCUCGCCAAUGGUCAGGCCGAAUCGAACGUGUGGCCGAACUCUUCAUCUUUGUCCAUGGACAAUAUGGAGCACAGGAGACCUAAACUUACAUUCAACAACACUGUUCACAAUGCGGACUACUACAUGCAGGAAGCCAAGAAACUAAAGCACAAAGCUGAUGCGCUGAUGGAGAAGUUUGGCAAAGCUGUCAAUUAUGCAGACGGCGCGCUCUCCUUCAUCGAGUGCGGCAAUGCCAUGGAACGAGACCCGUUAGAAGCCAAGUCGCCGUACACCAUGUACUCGGAAACUGUGGAGCUCAUUAGGUAUGCAAUGAGAUUAAAGAACUUCACCAGUCACUCAGCCACGCUGGCGGAGAAGAAAUUAGCGGUGCUGUGCAAUCGCUGUUUAUCCCUGUUGUACUUGCGGAUGUUCAAGCUGAAGAAGGAUCACGCGAUGAAGUACUCACGCUCCUUAAUGGAGUACUUCAAGAAUUCAGCGAAAAGUUCACAAGCACCUUCACCGUGGGGCUCCAAUGGAAAGACUACAGGAACACCAUCUCCCAUGUCCCUGAGUCCUUCCCCGAUCAGCUCGGUCAACAGUAACACUGGAGCAAUGGUAUCUUCCUCCUCGUCCUCUUCCUCGUCUUCGGGCAGUGUGGCGAUCCCGCAGCGCAUCCACCACAUGGCUGCCAGCCACGUCAACAUCACCAACAACAUUCUGCGCAGCUACGAGCACUGGGACACGGCCGACAAGCUGGCUCACGAGAGCCAAGAGUUUUUUCAGGAGUUGGACUCGGUGAUGGAACCACUGACGCAGCACAGCAGCAUGACAGACCUGGUGCGCUACAUUCGCCAAGGACUGCACUGGCUCCGCAUUGAGGCCCAUUUGUUAUAGUGCUGGAGCUUUUCACUGUGCUCUCUCUCUCUUUCUUUCUCUCUCUCUUUCUCUCUCUUUGUCUCUCUUUCUAUUUCGGUUGCUCUCCUUCUCUUGUUCUCUCACUCCUGCCACUCCUUCCAUCAUCUCCUUCCACCAGCACUGCCGUCUCAGAGUUGCUCCUACGCAAGUCGCAGCUGAGGAACGAGUCGAACUCGAGGUGCCGUUGGAUUUCCUGGAGAUCUUGAGCACUUGGUGAAAGACUGCAAAAAUUGUCAGUGUGUUCAGGAUAGAAGAAAACAAACAAAAAAAAGAACUACACUUCUGCUUGCAGCUGUUGCAGAGGACACACACAGGAGGUCAUGUGACUCGCUGGGGCAGAUGGUUGAGACGGGACAGUAUGUUUGUUUUUGAAUCUGCUCUCUCGUUUUUGUACAGUGUACAUUAUUUCCUAUAAAGUGAAAGAAGAGGGGCAGACAGGUGCCCCGUGUGCAA